UUUGCAAACGCUGCUCCGUGCCACGCCAAGCUGUACUGACUUUCCUCUUGCAAUCCGCUGUCCGUCUCAAUCUGUCGCCGCAGAUACGUCCAAGAUGAUGGGAUUCAUUCCGCUGCAUUACCUUCACGCCCAGUAGAAGAUUGAUCUGGGCGGUCGCUCGAUCCAAGCCAAGCUCGUGCAAGUCAUCUGCGUCAGCCUCGUAGAGACACGGCCACAUCCCUCCCCUGUCGGCACGGUCCACGGAUGAUCCUGGACUCGCCUGCCUCCUGCCUCCCAAGCCAUCGGUGCUCGAAAUCUAAGAAAGUCAUUGUUACUGCCGUGGUCUGCUGCGACUCUUGGUAUCCUCUUGCUUUUUUGCCGCCCACUUCCCUCUUUUUAUUUCAAUAUUUUGUCGCGCCGCUGCCUUGCCGUCGUCGUCGUCGUCCACCCCAUGCGAUUGUAGCGAGGUCGGUUCUUACGAGUCAGCGCCUGUUGAAGGUCCGGAUCGAAGAAACGGCCAGCGUCGCUACCUUCACGACGCACCCCCGGAUGUCCUACCACCCCGACCAUCGACAAAGGAACUCCCGAUUCUCACCAUCGUCGGUUCGGGCUCGGAUCAACGCCAUGGAUGCAGAUUUGGCUGUGACGGCGGCAGCAAAGCUGCUUGCUUUUCUAUCUGCGCUCGGAUGUGGUUGCAUCAGCGCUUUGGCUUUCGGACCUCGGCAACUUGUGGCUUGGAUGCUUUUGUGAGUUCUUUGAUCAUUUGCCUCUCUGUCUUUGCCGGCUCCCCACCCCGUGCCUUCCUCGGCCGAUCAGCUCCCCCAUGGGCUUUUGUUUGCUGCCCCGACCGACAUCCCGCUCGGCUCAUGUGUAUCCACCCCUACCUCACCCCCCCCCUUCCUUCCCUUCCCUCCUGCCUGUCUCUGCUACCUUCUGACAAGUUUCGGCCUCCACUUUCUUGUUGCAUCCGGGGCUGAUCCGCUCGCUCGUUUUGCGGCCAUGAGCAGCCGCGCUCUCGUCCGCUCGUCCUCCUUCUGUCCUCUUGUUUCAGGUACCGCCGGUGCCUAGUUCAACCCCCCCCCUCUCUCUGGUCCUCUUUUUUGAUCCUAGACAGUUGAUAGAUCGCUUGUGUCUCGGCUCGUCGUUGUUGAAAAAUCGAAACAAAAAAAGAAUAUACUCAAAGA